UCUCCUGGGUUUAAUUCACAAGAUGGAAUGUGAAGAACUCGAGAUCUGAGAGCAGAAUCCACAUGACUUUCAUUCCCACGGCAUUAAGCCGAAACCAUUAAUACCAGACGAUUAAAAAAACAGGACUGGCAAAAGUGACUUACUGGAAGUUUAGGUCAUCUGUACAAAUAUUUAUCCUGCCGAUGGACGGGUCCAAAGGGAUGAAAGUUGUGGGGGAAGACAGAAGCUGCGUGAACAACUCUCAGCACGCGUGGAGGACACGGGGAUCAUUUACAUUAUGAAGAGAAGUGUUCAGUCCUCGACCAGCUCGCGGCUCGGGCUACAUCUAUUUAAAAGCUCCACAACCUACGUGUCUUCAAAAUGAUGCGGACGUGGGGCAUUGAGCGUUCUAUAGUGAAAAGGCCGCGGUAAGGAGGGGGUCUGGCAAAUCCUGUCCACGGAUUGGAAGUUGGAUUUGGAAGGGGCGUGAUCUAUUACACACCUCUGGGCAAGGAUAGGUAAGUACGCCCGUGAGGCGGAGUGAAUAUGACAUUUCGGGGCGGGUCUUGGAUACAAUUCACAGCCACACAUUUUGAAUGGUGUGUCCUCGUGAACGAUACAGGACUACACAACUCUUUUUUUCUAUUUCUGUAAUAUUUAGUUCCUUCUAGAAGACAUGGGCAAGCAUGAGAAACGAACACACACAGACACCUCUAAGGAUCAAAUAAGUUAAAUUAUAUUCUAAAGACUGAGUUAACCAAUAUAAAAAAUAGAUUUUAUUUGCAACAACAAAAAAGCCUUCAACAACCACACUGUAUCUUGAAUGUCCUAUUUAUCCUCUUACAACAACUUGAAUAACUUUUUUCUCUCCUUUUUUAACUGUCUCCAAUUCAUUAUUGAACCGUGAACAUGGAAUGUAUGGCUGUAAUGUAUGUUCAUUGAUGAAGCAGUUUACAAUUUCACAAGUUCACAGUGGAUGGUUUCAUUUCAAUGACCCAUAGAUGUCUCUCUACUCUUGCCCUCUGUAGCUCUGUCUCUGUUCUGUAGAAUGAUGGAUCUUUUUUCUAAAGUUAAUUGAGUUUAGGCUGUUUCCUUUCCUCUAAACGCACAUGACCAUCCUGUGAUUUUCUAUCCGUCUCCCAAAACAGGCCUCAGAACUUUGUUGUUGGUGUUGUGAAUGUGUUACUUGGAUACUGCUUCAAAAAAUAUUACUUUUCACAAGAUGCAUUUGACAGGGUGGAUCCUUGCGGUGGCUCUAGUUUUCGGGACCUCAAAUCUCAAGAUCACAUCUGCGGGACCUCUCCAUGCACAAUGCAAAGUAGAAUGGUAUUUUGGGAUCCCCUGUAGACAGGUCUAUGAAGGUCUGGUCACUCAGAUCAAGCAGUGGAGGACCAUGUCCAGCUGUGUGAUGGGUGGACAGAGGUGCCUCUACAAGCUCCAGGCAGCCUCUAUCCACUUCAUAGCAGCCAAACACACCACACCAUUUAAGAAGUCUGUCGAUGACCUGACGUUCCGUCUGGUCUCCUUUGAGUUCUUCACCCACUGUCACGUCUCGGCCAUGUCUGUCUCAGAGAGCUGGUAUGCCAUUAGAGAUCACGGCACAAACUACUGCAACCUCUAUAAUCUCAUGGAAGGAAGUGGCCUUACAGACGCCUCUGGAUACAAAGAGAUAACAAGUGACUUCCUGUGUACCCAGCGAUCCUCUGCUGACUGCACUGUAUACUGACACCAUGAUGGCCCAUGGUUCAUAUUGCAUGGCAACAGCUGGCUCACCAUCAGAUCGUUCCUCAUCAUUUGAUAGUGUUAGCAGCGCCACAUUUUAUACACACACUGCUUUUGUUUUUUUAAAGGUCUUCUUUUUUAUUUGAUCCAUUAAUUCUUAUGCUGUAUCUUUUUAUCCUUGUUAUUUUUUACAUUUCGAUUAAAAUGAGUGUUAUUGUA